AUGAUUGAUACAGUGUCUGCAGUAUAUGACUCCCUUUUAUCGCUGGGUGGCGAUAAGCUCAUUUCAAAUGCGAUGUUGGUUCACAUAGUCAUGUCGAAGGUUGAUCCCACUACUCGGUUAAAGUGGGAGGAGCAACUUGACUAUGAUAAGCUGCCGCUGAGGGCUGAGUGUGAAGCUAUGCUAAAUAAAAGGUACCAGCAUUUAUCAGCUGAAGAAGCUUCCUCAUCCCAACAAAGGCCAAACAAUGAAGAUACGCGGCAGAAAACAAAAAAUCCACUGCCGAUUUGCCUUCACUGUGGUUCUAAGGACCAUUAUUUGACAGCUUGUCCAAAAUUCCAAGCGCUUACUGCACUUAAAAGAUUUGAAUUUGCAAAAUCUAUUUCCAUGAGCAUAAAUUGCUUGCGCAAGGGACAUACGGUCUCAAAGUGCAAAGCAGAUCGCUGUGGUGUAUGCAACCGUUCGCAUAACAACAUGCUGCAUCAAUAUCCGAUCUCCUUUGAGACCGUGCCGCAACCUUCGACGUCACAGGCCAUGCAUAUUAGCAGCCUGCCUGACCGAGUCAUAUUAGCUAGAGCCGUAGUUUAUGUAAAGGCCAGCUCCGGUGUUUACGUGCAAGCGCGAGCUCUACUUGACUCCGGUUCUCAAGUCAACUUUACGACCGAAGAGCUUAUGCAGAAAUUGCGAAUCCGAAAAGAAAAAUUCGCUCUAAAUAUAGUUGGAAUUUGUAAUUCAAGUAAAAAGGUCCAAGGCAAACUAAAAACCUAUAUAAAAUCGAGGAUCAACAGUUUUGAGUUUUCUGCGGACUUUUGGGUAACGCGUUCGAUAUCAGUCAAUCACCCAGAUCGGACUGUAAACACAAAUGGCUGGAAAAUCCCACAAAAUAUUGAACAAGCUGACCCAAGUUUCUACAAAUGUCAUAAAAUAGACAUACUUUUAGGAGCUGAAAUAUUCUUUGAUCUGUUAUCGGUGGGUCAGAUCAGAACCAGCCCAAGGCAGCCAACGCUGCAAAACACAGUGCUAGGCUGGAUAAUUUCAGGCAGCUAUGCCACAAAUAAUAGCUCCAGUGCCCAAGUAAGUAGCACAUUAUGUCAAUUUGAAGAAAGUGUUGGUAGCAUUGAUGCAAUAAUUCGAAAAUUCUGGGAAUUGGAAGAAAUUACUGCACAAGUAAAUUCCACACAACUGACUCCAGAGCAGGCUAAAUGUGAGGCAUUUUUUUCGAAAACCACACAGGUUUUACCAUGUGGAAGGCUUCAAGUCAGACUGUCUUUCAAAACCGACCGUAAAUUACUCGCUCAUUCGUAUGAAACCGCAGCUCGGCGGUUUCAGGCCCUGGAGAGAAGGACGCUUAAAGAUCCAGUACUGCGUAAAAUGUACCUCGACUUCAUGCAUGAGUAUCUCGAAUUGCGGCAUAUGAGUCCAAAAAAUAAUCGACUCCCGAGUGAGCCGCACUAUUUCAUUCUGCACCAGUGUGUGUUAAGACCGCAGAGCACAACUACCAAGUUGCGCGUAGUUUUUGAUGCUUCGAGUCGGUCAUCAACACAAGUUGCGUUGAAUGAAGCCUUGAUGGUCGGACCGAUCGUUCAAGAGGAGCUUUUUACGACCCUCCUUCGCUUCCGAUUGCACAAAUAUGCCAUGACUGCCGACAUCACGAAGAUGUAUCGUCAAAUAUUGGUGCACGAAGGCGACAGGAACUUCCAGCUCAUAGUGUGGAGACAGGAUCCAUCGAAGCAUUUGAAAAUAUUUCGACUAAACUCCGUAACAUACGGCACAGCGCCUGCACCAUUACUCGCCACACGGUGGCUGCAAAUGCUAAGCGACAAAAAUAAAGCCAAAUAUCCGCUCGGUUCCAAAGUCAUUCCUAAUGAAUUUUACGUCGACGACCUAUUAACAGGAUCCAACAGUAUGGAAAGCCUCACCCAGAUACAUCAGGAAGUAACUACAAUUUUAGAAUCAGCAGGCCUGAAAUUAGCAAAGUGGUUUUCCAAUCAUACAAGCUCAUCGGAUAGUGAGAGUCUCCAAAAAUUAUUGCAUCUCAGCGAUACUGACUCUACCAAAACGCUGGGAAUACACAGGCAGCCGAAAGAUGACAUUUUUCGCUUAAUUCUGGAAGAUAAUUUUAGCGAGCUGCGAGCAACGAAACGUAAUAUUUUAUCAGUUUCCGCUCGCGUCUUUGUCCCUCUUGGUUUGUUAGCCCCGCUAGUCACCAAAGCUAAAAUUUAA